AGGGCACUCUAUUCCCUAUAUAGUGCACUACUUCUAUGAGUUCUGGUCAAAAUAAGUGCACUAAAUCCCCACUGGGCACAGACUUCAAUUCAACAUCUAUUCCACGUUGGUUCAACGUUAAUUUAAAUUACGUAGAAACAACUUUCAACUAGUGGGUAGGCAACGGGGUGUCGUUUGAGAAACAAUGACAGUCUAGUAGUCUGUGAAUACAUAUUGUUAUUUACCACAGUCAAGUGUGUGGGUGUGGUGUUUUCACCCCUCUGCUCGGGGUGAAAACUGUAUCCUCCUAGCAUCAAGGUGAAUCAGAAACAUUGUGUGGUCCAGCUCCUCUACUCUCCUCUGCCCUGCUAUCACUUCAGGGAUUAGGAGAACAAAAUGGAGGGUAAUUUAUGGAUGACAACGAUCCUCCUGUCCUUCUCUCUUUCAGAUAAUCUGUUUACCCAACGUCCCAACUGCAAAGACAGACCUCUGUCCAUACAGAGUGUAUCUCUCCACAGCAGAGUGUCCAUCUCCUGCCCCAACAUGACAGGAGACGAUCUGAGAUUCCACCUCUCUUUGAACCAGUCCCCCGUUCACACCACAGUGCUCAAGAGGAACCAGAAUCACACCAUAAACAACCAAUCAGACACCUGGGUCCAGUUCUACCUAGCUGAACAGAACCUGAACCACAACCAAACCAACCGCUAUGUGUUCACGGUCAAUGGAACAGGACUGUACAUCUGCAGAGCAGAGAGGCUGUGGUCACCCCCUUAUAAAGUGGACUCUGUUCACACUCUACUGAUAACAGAGAAGCAGUGUCUGAAACCCCAUGAUCCACUGGCCAAACAGAGUUGUGUGGAGGAUCCCCUCCUUCUGUGUCUGCUGCUGGUGGGAUGUGGGGUGCUACUCCUCUACAGCACCAUCCUCACCAUCAUCGUCAUCCUCAUCUGGAGGAAGCUGAAGAAGGAAGUGUCUGCUCAGAGUACAUACCUGAACAUUAAGCUAGGAGAGAAGAGAGGUCCUCAGAGAGUCCAGUAUCCAGUCACCGGAAGGUUCUGACGCUGACCUUCCUAAGGCUGUGCGUGCACUACUUUUGUGCACUAUGUAGGGAAUAGGGUGCCAUCUGGGACUUAGCCGAUUGGCUCUUCAAUCAAUCUACUGACGCAUUCAACGGCUCGAACGGCUUCACGAUGCAUUGGAAUGGCUUCACGAUGCAUUGGAACGGCUUCACGAUGCAUUGGAACGGCUUCACGAUGCAUUGGAACGGCUUCACGAUGCAUUAGAACUGCUUCAUUCUGCAUUGGAACGGCUUCAUACUGCAUUGGAACGGCUUCAUACUGCAUUGGAAUGGCUUCAUACUGCAUUGGAAUGGCUUCAUACUGCAUUAGAAUGGCUUCAUACUGCAUUAGAAUGGCUUCAUACUGCAUUGGAACGGCUUCAUACUGCAUUAGAAUGGCUUCAUACUGCAUUAGAAUGGCUUCAUACUGCAUUGGAACUGCUUCAUACUGCAUUAGAAUGGCUUCAUACUGCAUUAGAAUGGCUUCAUACUGCAUUGGAACUGCUUCAUACUGCAUUAGAAUGGCUUCAUACUGCAUUAGAAUGGCUUCAUACUGCAUUAGAAUGGCUUCAUACUGCAUUAGAAUGGCUUCAUACUGCAUUAGAAUGGCUUCAUACUGCAUUAGAAUGGCUUCAUACUGCAUUAGAAUGGCUUCAUACUGCAUUAGAAUGGCUUCAUACUGCAUUAGAAUGGCUUCAUACUGCAUUAGAAUGGCUUCAUACUGCAUUAGAAUGGCUUCAUACUGCGUUAGAAUGGCUUCAUACUGCAUUAGAAUGGCUUCAUACUGCAUUAGAAUGGCUUCAUACUGCAUUGGAACGGCUUCAGAAUACAUUAUUCUUACAGGCUUUAAGUAAAGUUUUACCAAUCAGUAUGUUUGUAUUAAAGGGUGUUAACCGACACUGUAUAAUCUCUGUGUUGUUCCAUAACAAUGACUCCCUCCCUAUUGUUUAAUGCUUUGUUUUACCAAUCAGUAUGUUUGUAUUAAAGGGUGUUAACCGACACUGUAUAAUCUCUGUGUUGUUCCAUAACAAUGACUCCCUCCCUAUUGUUUAAUGCUUUGUUUUACCAAUCAGUAUGUUUGUAUUAAAGGGUGUUAACCGACACUGUAUAAUCUCUGUGUUGUUCCAUAACAAUGACUCCCUCCCUAUUGUUUAAUGCUUUGUUUUACCAAUCAGUAUGUUUGUAUUAAAGGGUGUUAACCGACACUG